AUGUUUUGCUCGCAUCAGCAACGGCCAAGGUUGUCCGAUGCAUGGAAAGAGCUUAUUAAAAGUGUUGGUCAGUUGUUUGUCGGGGGUUCGGAAGGUUUUCAUGAUGCAUUGCGGAAAUAUUCAAUUGUUCAUUCUUUUGAGUUUGACUUUGUAAAGAAAGAAACAGAGAGAGUGACUGCAAUUUGUAAGGUAAAAUCUUGCAAGUGGAAUAUCCAUGCUAGACUUGACAAGAUCAGUAGUUGCUUUUACAUCAAAAGGUAUUAUAAUGUUCAUUGUUGUGGUGUUGCUGGGCGUACGACAAAGAACUGUCAUGCUAAUUCAUCUCUGAUUAGUCAAUUGAUAAAGGAUGAUGUUCGAGACAAGUCAAAGAAACGUCUUGUUGAUGUUGUUGAUGAUUUGAAGGAGUAUUAUGGGGCAGAUGUGUCAUAUUAUCGUUCUUGGUUAGCUAUCCAGAAAGCCAAGUCAAGUGCAUUUGGAGAUUAUUCAGAUUCUUUUAAUCAACUUCAAUGGUAUCGUAAUGUUAUUCUGAAUUCGAAUCCUAGAAGUGUUUUUGAUGUUGAGUGGGAUCAAACCACAAAUCAUUUUUUGAGGUUGUUUGUAGCGUUUGAUGCAUGUGUACAAGGAUUUAAGCAUUGCAGGCCUGUUUUAUCCGUUGACGCAACAUUCUUGAAGGUCGUUACAUGCUUGAUGUCUGCUUCAGCUAAAGAUGGUAAUGCAAGUAUGAAAUAG